AUGUGUGGAGAUGAAAAUGUAAGAACUUUCUUUACAAAACGUAACUAGGCAAGAACUUUCUUCACAGAACAUAAAAUGGCAAGAACUUUCUUUACAAAACAAAAAUGGCAAGAAAUUUCUUUAAAAACAAGAAAUGGCAAGAACUUUGUUUACAAACCAAAAAAUAGCAAUAACUUUCUUUACAAAACGAAAAAAGGCAAGAACUUGCUUUACAAAACAAAAAAUGGCAAGAACUUUCUUUACUCUACCCCAGAAUAUAAAUGUUCUUUAGUUUUGCUACCCCGGCUUAGACGAUUAUGGCCGUCGUCGCUAUGGUAAACCUUUCAACUGUUCUCUACUGCCCUACAUAAAACAGUACCAUUUGACCGAACGUGAAUCUCAAGCAACGCCAAAUGACUAUGAAACUUUGAAUGACACUUGGAUCCCAGUGUUUGCCACUUCUGUAUCUGACAAUCAUUUUGGUGAAUUGAGAAAAAUGGCAAAAAAUAUUUUGAAAAUUUUUGGAAAUUUCAAAUUGAUCGUUUAUGACUUGGGAUUGAAUAGCACUAAUGUAAGUAUAUAUUAUGUACUUUUGUAUUGAAACUUCUGUACGGGAUACGGUAUCAUACCAUAAUUUUAAAAGCUAAUCAAAAUAAAACUAUAAUAAAAGAAAAACUUUUAGGUGAAAGAGCUGUCAUCCUGGUGCCAAGUAGAGUAUCGUAAAUUCAACUUUUCCAAAUACCCUCCCCAUGUUACCAAUCUAUUCAACUAUGCUUUCAAAAUGACAAUAAUCGAGACUCUUCAAGAUACCAAAACUUUCUUCUACCUAGACUCAAGUGGUCGAUUCGACCGCAAAUCCCACAUUCAAAUUCUACAUCAUGUAAAGAAUGGCACAAUACCCCCAUUAGCUAUAUUCACAAGAACUUGGCAUUCUGUAUAUUCAACUACUCAUCCGGGUAUGUUCGAGUACCUACCAUUACCUAGACACUACGCCGAACUUGUCGAAUACCAAGCCGUACUAUUCGUAUCAGACUCGCCUUACACUAGAAAGGCCUUAAAAUGGUACACUUUGUGCGCUUUGACCCAAAAUUGCAUCCAACCGGUUGGCAGCAAGCAACAAUGUCAAUAUCCAUAUAGGAAGAUGAAUGUCUCGAUUGAUGACGAAAAUGCGGUCGAAACUAUCAUGCAAUCAAGAUAUAUUGUCACAGACUAUCUAAAAUGUCACAGAUAUGACCAAAGCUUCUGGAAUAUCUUCUGGAUUACCAUGUUAUUCGACCCGGAGGAACGGUGGGCGGCCAAGCUAUUCAAAUUGAAGGAAUGGCCAGAAAUAUUGACCAGAAAGUUCGUCAUAGACAUUGGAAGACGACGACAGUUAAUGUGGAGAACUUACGAAUGGUAUUUCUUAACAUGGUGGCAAGAUAGCCGAAAUACGACACUUGAUUUACCUUGUUAUAACAAUGUUACGAACGAAAAUAGCCAGAAUAAAAUCGUUUUUUAAUCGUAAAACAAUUAUUUGUUAUUUUAAAUACCUGAAAAUUUGUGAGAAGAUGUUUCAGGUAA